UUUUUUCGCCAGCGCUUUUCUCACCACACAAUUUCGUUCGUAUUUGUGGGUGGCGGCGGUCGAUUUGCGCUGAUUUUUUUGCAGAGAAAAACGCAGCUCGCUGUUUUCACAUAGCACAAAAAGCACACUUGUUUCGUUUGCAACCAACCAGAGCCGCAGAAAACCAUCAAGAUGAUGUCCGAAUACUGGAUUAUCUCGGCCCCUGGCGACAAGACCUGCCAGCAGACGUUCGACACGAUGAACAACCUGACCAGCAAGCAACACAACCUGUGCAAUAACUACAAGUUCCAUAUACCAGACCUGAAGGUGGGCACCCUGGACCAACUGGUGGGUCUCUCCGACGACCUGGGCAAACUGGACACCUAUGUGGAGCAGAUCACCCGCAAGGUGGCCAACUACCUGGGCGAGGUGCUGGAGGAUCAGCGGGACAAGCUGCACGAGAACCUGUUGGCAAACAACAGUCCUGGGCCACCCGACGACAGCAUGCCGUGUCGCCACCACCAGCGCAUCAAGCAUCUCAGCCUGCGACACCAGCGAAAACACCAGCACACGCACCACCAAAACAAACCCCAACACUAUCAUCACCACCACCAUCACCACCAGCUGCCGCAGGACCUCAAGGGUAAAUCCGCCGUUUCCUGUUCUCCGCCCGCGAAUGUGCCUGCACCUCUACCCCUGCCUCUGCCCCUGCAACUCUCGCCCGCCUGUGCCUGCGAUGCCAGCGAUGCUAGCCCCGUUCCGGCCAGGGAACCAGGAUCCCUAUCCGGCGGCAGCCUGACUAACCUGUCGACGACGGGCCACGAAGCGGAGCCGGAGUUCGAUGCCUGUCCGUGCGACGAGUGCUUCGCCUGCGCCCCGCCCAGCACCAGUGCCACGGCGAGCACGCUCCUGGCGGACGAGUGCUACUCGCAGACCGCCUCCUCCAUGCUGAGUGCCACCCGCUGUGCCCUGUCCACGGUGGCGGCAAUAGCCACUGGCAGUGGGUUGGGUGGCGGCGGUCCGAGCACCAGUGCCGCAGCCGCUGCCGCCGCCUCCUCCGCGUCCUGCUCCUCGGCAUACUUCUCCACGUCGGCGCCAACGACCAGCAGCUCGGUGCACAGCAGCAUGUCGCGCUCUAACAGCAAGCGGCUGAAUAACAACACUUGCAGCAUCAACAAUAACAAGCUCAGCUUCCGCAGCGGCAGCCAUUUGAGCCAGUUGCACCUGGCGGCCACGCAUCCGCAGCAUCAGCAGCAGCAGCCACAUCACCCGCAUCCGCAUCAGCAUGCCAAUCCUCUGCAGUCACCCACGCAAAAGUCCGUGUCGGAGGACGACGAGGGCGAUGCGGGCCAUGCCCCCGAAGACGGGGAGACGGACGAGACGGAUCCGAAGAGUCCGCACAGUGUGCAGUCCGAUCUGUCGGACACCUUCGACUGGUGGUUCAAUAAGCCCAAGCGUAACUCUAAGAAGAGCAGUGCACAACAGUCACACGAGACACCAAACCCACAGCAACAGCAACCGCAAAACCAACACCAAAACCAAAAACAACAGACGCAACAGCAACAUGCAACACCAAUGACUCCCCCACUGCAACAGCAACACCCAAUCCAACAGACACAACAGCAACACCUAUCCAAAGCAAUGACAUUUUGGCAUCAAGCAUCGACCACACCGCGCUCUAGUUAUCGCUCUUUCUUCAAUUCUCUUGCCGAUCAAAUUUAUAGCAAACGUUCUACACCGAGUCAAUUAAAUAUAAACAAUGGAUUUAAUUUAACACCAACUCAUAGAUCGUCUCCAGUGAGUAGUUGUUGUGGCAGUAGUAGCCAAGGCCGAUCCAGUCCGGACACGGAUCCCGCCGAGCCGCCCGAGUUUCCGCUGAGUCCAGCCGAACUGCCGCAGUACUUGACCCGCUUCCAAUGGGAUAUGGCCAAGUACCCGAUUAAGCAGUCGCUGCGCAACAUCGCCGACAUUAUCUCCAAGCAAAUCGGCCAGAUCGAUGGUGACUUGAAGACCAAGUCCCAGGCCUUCAACAACCUCAAGGGAAAUCUGCAGAACCUGGAAAAGAAGAAGACUGGCAGUUUGCUGACCAGGAAUCUGGCUGAUUUGGUCAAGAAGGAACACUUCAUCCUGGAUUCGGAGUAUCUGACCACCCUGUUGGUCAUAGUCCCCAAGGUCAUGGCCAACGACUGGCUGACCAACUACGAGAAGAUCACCGACAUGAUUGUGCCUCGCUCGUCGCAGCUCAUCAAAGAGGACUCCGACUACUGCCUCUUCAACGUGACCCUCUUCAAGAAGGUGGCCGAGGAGUUCAAGCUCCAUGCCCGCGAGCGCAAGUUCAUCGUGCGUGACUUUGUCUACAACGAGGAGGAGUUGGCCGCCGGCAAGAGCGAGAUGACCAAGCUGAUAACGGACAAGAAGAAGCAGUUUGGUCCUCUGGUUCGCUGGCUGAAGGUGAACUUCAGCGAGGCCUUCUGCGCCUUGAUCCACGUGAAAGCGCUGCGCGUUUUUGUGGAAUCUGUGCUGAGGUACGGUCUGCCCGUCAACUUCCAGGCCAUCUUGAUCGAGCCCAACAAGAAGAGCGUGAAGCGUCUGCGCGAUGUGCUGAACCAGCUUUACGGUCACCUGGAUGGCGCCUCCGCCGGCGGUGCUGUCAGCAGUGCUGAUAAUGUGGACAUCCCCGGUCUAGGCUUUGGCCAGUCCGAAUACUUCCCCUAUGUGUUCUACAAGGUCAACAUCGACAUGGUGGAGCAGGCCAAGGUCUAAGAUCGCCAGCCCGCCGAACCCAACACUGCAUACAUCCAGCCACACAAAAUACACUUUACUACAAAACAACCAACUUAAAAUCAGCUGAACCAUUCGCAGACAUCUAAUGAAACAAAAUUAAUAGAUUACUUUAAAUAAUUUUAGUCAUUGUUAUCUAAUUAUUGUUGUUAUUUAUGUUGCGCGUUGCCGAUAUCCAUUUCAAGUUCUCUUCCGGUUCGAGAAAUCGAGACGCGCGUCAACAAACCGUAAAAUCGUUUGCAAUCAUCCAAGAUCUUGUAGAACUUCCCGAUUGUUCUUUGUCCUUCUUCAGUUCGCAAAACAGUAUUUUAUGUUUUUUCUUAUGCCUUACUAUGAUUAUGAUAUGAUGAAUGAACAGAGUGUUUAACCCGUAGCCAAAUUUACACACAUUGUCGCUAAAGCCUCGGCUUUACUUCUCCUUUUUGUUUGUUUUUUGGUAGCUAUACAAUAAACUUUGCGUUACAUUUUGUUUUACAAACAUUUCGUCUCGUUUCGUGCUUGGUAUCUGUAUCCGUGACUAACAGCCAACAUACAAAAACAUGCCCAAAAUAAAUUUAAGCCCAAAAAUGGUGUCGCAAAUUGCAAGUUAUGAAACUAAUUGCGCUAACAAAUUUCCGAUGCAAUGGUACGUUUCGAUAAAGACAAACUAUUAAUUAACGCAAGUAUUGUAUUUAUAAAUGUUACCUAGAUAUCGAAAGUUUAUAAACAAAAGCCCGGCGCGCUGUUUGCAUAUUACUAAUCGCUGAGAAGAACCGCUCCAGCAUUUCGUGGUUCUGCCAAUUUCGUUUAACCCCGCGAGUGUGUUAACCCACUAAUAAACAACCAGCAGCGAUCGAGGGUCGACCACAUGAGAUAUGAACAAUAAUAUUCUAUUCGUAUGUAAAGUUUUUCAGUUUUCCUAUUGCUAAAUCUAAAAUGUGUACCGAGUUAAGCGAAACGUGAGAUACAGUAUCUAUAUAUAUUUUAAAGUUAUGCAUACUAUGUGUAAAAAGAAACGAAAGAAACCAUGUAAAUGUCAUUGCGUUAUAUAAGGUGCAAUUAAGUCAUCCUUGUAAAUAAUUAUAAAGAAAGAAAGACAUUCCCAA